CAGCAUCUGCACCCACACUGCUCAGGUCUCUGCUUCAGGAAGCUUUCACCUGCUUCACCUGGGACCACAGCUGCUCCCCAAAGCCAGAGAUGAUCAAUCAGGAACAUGAGGUGUCCAUCCUGGGGGGUCCCCAGAACUCAGGGCCCAUGAUGUCCACCGUGGUCAACAUCCAGACAGAGACCGUUGUGACCGACCACAUCGUCUGGUCCCUGUUCAACACGCUCUUCUUCAACACCUGCUGCCUGGGCUUUGUGGCCUUCGCCUUCUCCGUGAAGUCUAGGGACCGGAAGAUGGUGGGAGACGUGAUCGGGGCCCAGAGCUAUGCGUCCACCGCCAAGUGCCUGAACAUCUGGGCCCUGGUCUUGGGCAUCCUUGUGUCCAUCAUUUUCAUCAUUUUAUUUGCCAGUGGCUUACUAAGUUUCAGGCAAUUCUGACAUCAUAAAGGGUGAUGGAGGCCACCUGUAGCUGCCCUUAGCCUGAGGCUGUCAUCCUUUUCACAGCUGUUUAUAUGCACAUGUGUCUACAAUGG